AAAGCAUGGCAGGGGAUGAGGUAUCAACCCAAAUGUGACUCUUAUUUUACAGCUGGAAAGAAUGCUGUGCAUCAGCUCCAAGCCCAGGUUGGCACAGCAACCCAGGAGGAGAGCUGCCAAGGGCCUGUCCUGCUGAGUCAGGUCCCAGAAACAACAUCUGUGCCAUAUACCCCAGAGACCAUGGGGCAACAUCUGACGGUGUCCCUUUCUGGGGAGCCCCAUGGGCCCUCUGCCAUGCCAAGCAUGUUCCCAAGCCUGAUUCUUCAGCCCACCACUGAUGCUAUGCUACUGCAGCCACAGGGCCCCAGUGCCUCCAACCAGGCUUCAGUUUCUGCUGCCUUAGAGUGGCAGGAGAUGCUGGAGGCUGCUGAAGCUCUGCUGGCUCUGAAAAAUUCUUCUCAGACACGUCACCAGCCUUGUGGCAUGCCAGGUCCUGCUGGAGAGAGGGGACUGCAGCUGGCCAGCCCCUCUAUGCCACCACGGCCUGCCAGCUCUGGUUCACUGCCUUCUGGACAUCUGGAUUGCAUGUCCCUCUUGACCUAAGAACCCAGACUGUGAGGCCUCGCUAGACCACUGCCUGUUUGAUUCCUAUUUCUGAACUUGCAAAAUGGCUCCUGUCCAAAGUGCUUAAUGUGUUUUUUAAGCAUUCAGGUAUUUUAUAAGCUUUCAGAUCCUUUUUAUGAUGUAGGGCAAUUACUUGGCUGUCCUAUGUUCUUUACCCCCAUCCCUUAUUUCUUUGGAAGCUGGGGCUUUUUAUGUGUCUUAUAAAAUGCUUUGUGCAAUCUAAUGUGAUCAAUCAAUCUAUCAGUGGGGUUCUGAGUGGUAUCAAAUGCCAGUGUUUUUCUUUGUGUGCAAUCGCACACAUACCUGUGCACUACUGUACUUAUACAUGCAUGUGGAAACAUGAAGAUUUUCACAUUGCAUCUAGAUUUGUGUGUUAACAAAAAUAAAUAAUUUUGU